CUUCUUGAAGUAAUGGAUAUUAUUACCAAAGCUUUAAGUGACAACUGUGCUGCAUUGCUCAUUUUGUUAGAUUUUGCCAAAGCUUUUGAUCGUGUAUCACAUCUUCUGCUUUAUCACAAACUGGCUGGCUAUGGUUUUGGCAAAAAUAUUCUUGCCUGGCUCAAAGACUUUCUUGAAAAUAGGAAACAGCGGGUUGUUCUAGGAAAUUUCUCUUCCGAAUGGAAGGAUGUCCAUAGUGGUGUACCUCAAGGAUCAGUCAUAGGUCCUCUUCUUUUUUUGAUCUUUAUUAACGACAUGCCAGAAUUAGUCAAAAAUAAUUGCAAACUCUUUGCUGAUGAUAGCCAGUUGGUUGCCAAAAUAAAAACAGUUACGGACUUGGCUUUAGUUCAAAAUGAUAUUGAUAUGAUAUGUAAUUGGUCAAGACUUUGGUGCAUGGAACUUAGCAUAAAUAAAUGCAAGGUUCUAAAGUUCCGUGGUGGUUCCACAGACAUCAAUAUCCCCUUGACAAUGUUAGAUAAAAAUGGCAGUCAAAUUUCUAUUGAAGAUGUAUCCGUUGAAAGAACAUUGGGUGUUCUGAUACAUAAUAAACUGAAAUGGUCAGAUCAGAUUAGUGAUGCCACUCUCAAAGCUAAUUCUAUACUUGGGAUACUCAAAAGAACUUUUAAAAAAUGGAAUCCAACUAUGUUCGUGAAGCUCUAUACAGCAUAUGUAAGACCGAUAUUGGAGUACUGUGCACCAAUUUGGUGCCCUUUUCUUCUAAAAGACAUCAAAAAAAUAGAGUCGGUCCAACGUAGAGCUACCAAACUCGUUCCACAAUUUCGCAGCUUGAAUUACAAGAAACGAUUAGCAUAUCUUGGUCUCAGCUCAUUAGCUGAACGUCGAACAAGAGGAGAUGUAAUACAAUUUUUUAAAAUUUACAAAAAAUUAAAUAUUGUUAACUGGCAACAGCAGAUUAACAAAGUACAUCCAAAUGAACUUCAAGGUCGUCCAAAAGAUUGUGUAGAAGAAUUUAGAAAUCCAAAUGAUGGUGUCUCUGUGUGCGAGGCCAAAAUUAUCAAAUGUUGGUGCGUUUACGUUUACGUUUCAACCAAGAGAAGUGAUAAACCACUUUCAAAAGAUAGUUUAUUUCCAGAGCUGUCCACACUUGCUUUGGCAUAUGAAGUUGAUGUUAUUGCAAUUGCAGAAACUUGGCUUAAAUUAUAUUCGAUUAAAAUAAUUGAUGACUAUGAACUGUAUCAGGCAGAUAGAGAUAGAACUGGAGGAGGUGUUGCCAUUUAUGUCAUUAAAAGACUUACAAAUAUAGAAAUUGUAAAUGUGCAUCUUAACAACAAAGAGAUCGAACAAGUCUGGUGCUCAAUAAAUUGUAAUAAUUUUCAUUUAGUUGUUGGUUGUGUAUAUAGACCACCAAACUCUACGGCUGAUUACUCAAAAUUGAUUCUAGACUCAAUCAGAACCACUUCAAAACUCAAAAGUGGAAAAAAAUACACUGAUCUCAUAGUGGUCGGAGAUUUCAAUUUUCCUAAUAUAGAAUGGACAGAUGAUGGUUCAAUAAUUCAUUCAAAUGGAAACUCAAUUGAACAUGAAUUUAUUAAAGUUUUAAAUAAUUCUUCUCUAUACCGAAUAGCAAAUUUUCCAACAUUUAAGCAAAAUGACUCUGUUUCCGCAGUUAACACCCUUGUUUUAGUUUGCAAUCCAAAUUGCAUUGAUUUUCUUCAAUUUGGUCCACAGUUAGGCCACUAUGAAAAGGGAUGA